ACCCUAUGACCCAGAAUGCCGGUGGUGAUCGAUAUUCCUAUUGACAGCAUCGUGAUGCUAGUGGCGAUGCGCUCUAUAGGACUUGACUGCAGUGUGUGCGCAGGCCCAUGACGAGGGCGCUGCAGCGUGGACAGUUGCGGGUGCACAGCUUAUAAGGACGCGUCGGCCUGGAUAGUGCCCCUCCAACCCUGCUGUCUGCCAGUGCUCGACAUCCGCUCCUUCUUUUCCCCACUUCAUUCGUCCUUUACCAACCAUGCUCUCCGGGGCCCUGUUCACGGCUUGCCUUCUCGGCACAUUCGUCGCCUCCGCGCCUGGCGCACUGUCUCUAGUGCUCAACAGGAGGGCGGUAGCCGGCCCUACCAUUGACCAGGACUUCCCCGAUCCGGGCCUGUUGCGCAACUCGGAUGGUGUAUGGUACGCCUACUCGACCAGCUCUGGGGGCAAGAACAUUCCUGUGGCUAGGUCCACGGACUUCAACACUUGGACCAUCGUCGGCGAUGCCCUCCCGGACGCUGGUGGCUGGGUUGACUCCAGCGACUCCGGCCUCUGGGCCCCUGACGUCAGGGAAAUUUCCACUGGGAACUACGUGAUGUACUACAGUGUUAAGCCGACUUCUGCGGCUCACCGUUGCGUUGCAGCCGCUACAGCCACCUCGCCGACUGGCCCUUUCACGGCGCAGAGCGGCCCCCUCAUCUGUGAUGACAGUGAAGGUGGUGUUAUCGACAUCUCCGGCUUCGAGGCGCCCGGCGGGGGCCUCUACGUCGUCUGGAAAGUCGACGGAAACUCUAUCGGCAGCAGCAACACCCCGAUCAGGUUGCAACACGUCGGCGCGAAUGGCUAUACCCUUAACGGCGACGUGUACACUCUGAUUGACCGUGACGCCGCCGACGGCCCGCUGGUUGAGGCACCUUCUCUUGUUUACUGGGACGGAUGGUACUACCUCUUCUUCUCGUCGAACAUCUACUCUUCGACAGCCUACGACAUCUCGUAUGCCGUCGCGCAGAGCGUCACGGGCCCGUAUACCAAGGCCCAGUCGCCAAACGCGCCCUUCCUCGUCACCGGCGAUGACGGACUAACCGCGCCCGGUGGCGCAACUGCCAUUAACGUCCUCGACCAAUACGUCAAUAUGGUCUUCCACGCUGAUCUAAACGGCCAGAACAUCGAUGGCGGCCGCGGCAUGUACACCGCUGCCAGCAUCUGCCUGAGCGGGGGUGUGGCUAAGGUUUCUUGCUGAACGAUGUCGACUCGCGGGGGCCCUUUCAAUUAAUGUUGAGCGGCCUCCGGAUGUAUAAUAGGAGACUCGCGACGUAAAUCUUGGGUAAAGGUAAUAUGGAAGUUUCACGGAA